GACCAGAGUAACAUCAUACAUUAAAAAUCACUCUUAAAGAAACCCCACUUCUCUGUUCAAAAAUGGUAAAGUACCUGUGUACUUUAUUUAGCAUGAAUAUCUGAGUGAGACUAAAAUGGUUUCAGAUCUUUCGCCUGCUGUUUUAACAGAAGUUUUCUUCCAUAGGUUGUGAUGAUGGCAGACCUUGCUAAAGACAGAACGGCUGGUUCAUUGAAGAAAGCGGGGAGUGUGUCUUCUCUGAGUAGCCAUGAGUUCCGGCAGAAGGAACAUCAUAGGCGCAUCAAAGACUGUGUGAGUACUGUGUCGUAUAUGGAUGAACCUAGCCAGCGUGAUGUUGCCUCUCGCCUUACAGUUCAGAUGGAAAACACCUAUCAGCUGGGUCCUACCAAGCAUUUUCCCGUGGUUACCGUCAAUCAUAUUCUGAAAGAUGUGUUAACUACCUACCUACAAGAAGAACAAUAUGACCCAGAGCUCUGUAGACAGAUGGCUAAAACAAUUUCUGAGGUGAUUAAAGCCCAGGUCAAGGACUUGAUGAUCCCACGGUACAAGCUGAUUGUGACUGUUCACAUUGGACCUCGGCACGGCCAGAGCAUACUUAUUGGGAGUAGAUGCCUCUGGAAUCCUAAAAGUGAUACCUUUGCAUCUUAUGUUUUUAGAAACUCUUCACUCUUUGCUCUUGCAAAUGUCUAUGCCGUUUACUUUGAGUGACUGAAAAUAAGAAAUCUAGUAUUACUUCUUUGAAAUCAAGAAAUAGGCUGUAUCUAAGUACACAAAAGUUUUACUGACAAAAGGUUUGAGUAGGAAAUAUUAAUACUUCAAACAACUGGAAGAUUUGGGAAUUUUUUAUACUCUUUUAAAGGUGGGGGUUGGGGAGGGUGGCACAAGAAAGAAUCUUGUUUAUCCCAAGAAGGAACUAAGUCUUGGUUCUGCUGGAUUUUUUUUCAUAGACAUAGAGUCUUAUUAAAUAUUGCUUUUGGUACUAAUUAUUUUAAUUACUCUUCAGUUAAAGAGCUGGAAUUUUCUGCUUUGUUUUUUAAGGAAGAGAAGUUUUAAAAAAAAUACAUGGCUACAUACCCUGACCAAUAAAUGACAGUAGGAUAUUCAACAUGGUGUACACAAAUGACUAAUGUUAAUGUGUCUCAGUGCUGCAUAUAAAAGAAUACUGGCUUUCAUUUUCUACUUAAUAAAUUGAGCAGCAUUCAUUAACUGCAAUUAUUGUUACAUGUACCUGACAGUUGAAACUGCUGAGGUAGAAUUAAUGAUUUCAUAACAAUUAUCGUAGUCCCGCGGGGCUGCUAGAUAAAACUAGAAGCUCUUGUGAGCUGCCUGCACUUCACAGAACUGUGGGAGAACUCAGUGUUGGCUCUUCAAUAAUGGAAACCAUAAAGUGAAUAAAGCCUUUUUCAGGCACUGAAGUAAUCGUUGUGAUAUUAAAUAUGCAUGAUGCUUAAUAGUAAAUGUAUUUGUAAUACAUAAAAUCAUGUAUUCGAAAGAGACGCUGCUUUUAAGUAUACACUGCUCGCUGUGCCUUUGAAUAGGUUUUCCUAGGCUAACAAACUUUCCCACAAAAUAUAUCGCCGGCAGGCUAACACAUAAGACAUGUGUAUUUACUAUUUUGUUCUUAUGAAUUUAGAAGUGACCCAGUGUGGUUUUCAAUGGAUGGCACUAAAAUUUAUAGGGCUGAAAUAGCUUCUUAUUCUGCUGGUUAAUGUAGUUUGUACCAUGGAUCAUUUGUUUUUAUGGAGCUUUCAGCGUGUAAACUGAUGCUGUGGCAUUGUUCUUGGAUGGUAAGUGGACUGCCCAGAGGACAUUAGUUAAAGGUCAAAGACAAAUUGUACACAUAUGGAGAAAAUUAGCAACACGGUAAUCCUAAGGAAAAAAUGUGUGUAAUUCAUACCAAAAAGAAUUUAACAAAUGGGAAAACAGUCGGUUCUUUAUAGUUUUAAAAUGUAUCGAUGUCUCGUU